AUGUUAGAAGAAAGACAUCGAGAGCAAGCUGAGUAUGUGACGCUUAAAGUAAGAUCUCAAAAUGGGAAUGAAAUGUUUUUUAAAAUAAAAAGAUUGGCUCAUUUGAGAAAACUUAUAGAGGUUUACUGUGCAAAAGCUGGAAUAAUCAUAACUACCACUAGAUUUCUUUUUCAAGGAGAGCGAAUAAUGGGCAGACACACAGCUGAACUACUAGGAUUAGAAAACGGAGAUGAAAUCAUUGCAGUUUCUGAGCAAAUAGGAGGGUGUUAUUAA